AUGAAUGUUAUACCAUGUUACAUUAAAACACUCAAGGGGUUAUAUGAUAUAUCGGGUGUAGAAGUAGGCCAACAUUUCUAUUGGCAAAUAGGAGGUUUACAAAUCCAUGCCCAAGUACUUAUCACUUCUUGGGUCGUAAUUGCUAUCUUGUUAGGUUCAGUCAUCAUAGCUGUUCGGAAUCCACAAACCAUUCCGACCGACGGUCAGAAUUUCUUUGAAUAUGUCCUUGAAUUUAUUCGAGACUUGAGCAAAACCCAGAUUGGAGAAGAAUAUGGACCUUGGGUUCCCUUUAUUGGAACUAUGUUCCUAUUUAUUUUUGUUUCUAAUUGGUCAGGUGCUCUUUUACCUUGGAAAAUCAUACAGUUACCUCAUGGGGAGUUAGCUGCGCCCACGAAUGAUAUAAAUACUACUGUUGCUUUAGCUUUACCCACGUCAGUGGCAUAUUUUUAUGCGGGUCUUACCAAAAAAGGAUUGGGUUAUUUCGAGAAAUACAUCAAACCAACUCCAAUACUUUUACCAAUUAACAUCCUAGAAGAUUUCACAAAACCUUUAUCUCUUAGCUUUCGACUAUUCGGGAAUAUAUUGGCUGAUGAAUUAGUAGUUGUUGUUCUUGUUUCUUUAGUCCCUUCAGUAGUUCCUAUACCUGUCAUGUUUCUUGGAUUAUUUACAAGUGGUAUUCAAGCUCUUAUUUUUGCAACGUUGGCCGCGGCUUAUAUAGGCGAAUCCAUGGAGGGUCAUCAUUGA